AUGACAACGAGCGGGAGCAUCCUCGCCAUCCGCGCCCCGCGGCUGAGCAACAGGCAACCCGCGCACUCUGACGGCCGCGCUCCCCGGGCCGAGAUCGGGCAGGGCCCGAGGAGACGGCGCUCCGGUGCCUGCACGGUGCGGGCCCGCCGGGUCGAGGGAGGGAGGCUCCUCGGCUCCCCCGAGAGGCCGAGCGGCCCCCGCGCGCCACGGACACCCCGCGCCCUCCCGACUCCCCCGUUGCCGCUCACCGGCGGGGAGCGCGAAAGACGCGCGGAGCCGGGCCAGUGGCCGCCGCACCUCGCCCAGCAUACACUGCGCCCGGAGAACGCGCCCCUAGGGAGCGCUUCCGGGGGGCAGCCAUUUGCGGGGCGGCAGGGACCUGCGAGCACAAGCGCUUCCGCCCCGCAGAGGCGAGAAGGCGGCGGCUUGGUCCCCGCUCGCGCCGCCCCCACAAUGGCGGCGCAUUGGAAAGGGAACCGGACGUGGGGCGAGGCGCCAUUAGCGGGGCUUAGGCCGCUCCACGGCGAGUGCGAGAUUCCAGCCGCAGCAAGGGAGGCGCGGCCCUGCUCUCACGCCAGGCAUGACGGCACAUCCGGUGCCCGCCUCCCGGCGCAGUGCGCCCUGGGAAACGAGAGACGCUUCUCGUUGCCUAGCGAUAGCGCCAGGCUUGCCUCGGCCAGAAAGUUGUUGCCAGCAAUGGGGACCACCAAUAUUGGCCAGUGGGAUGAAACCAUUUGCGAUAUGAUCGCUUGUCAGCAUCCACCCUGCUGGCAGUCAAUGUGGAGAAUCGAAAGUGGACGUCCUCGAAUUUUGCUGAAAAAAAUAGUCAUGCCUCAAAGAGAUUCCCCAGAAUUUGAAGACAAACUGCCAACCCUGAAGAUUAUUGACCUUCCCUUCAAUUAUCCUCAGAGAGAAAGGGUUAAAUGUGCUGAAAGGUUGGGUUCCAUCUCCAAGACAAUUUCCAGUAGCAAAGAUGCCAGAAGUUACUUUUCAAAUUCCACUUUGAAUGAUGGUUGGAUACCCCCCAUUUCGGUAUUGAGUUCAGAAAGGAACUCUUUCCCAGGUCUGAACUCGAGAAGGGAAUCUCAUUCUUCCCACUUCUCACCAAUAAGUUUCACCUGCUUGAGGCAAGCUGAGAAGAUACAGGUGACAAAUCUCACCGAGUUUGCGGUGCGCAGACUGGGUUGCCAGCCUUCCUGCGGAAACACAGUUGUCAGGUGGGUUCCAGACACGCGGCCCAGAUUCCUGCAGCCUGAGAAGCCUGACCUAAGAGCAAUGGCACCCCCUCAAAAAGUGUGCGUGAAGGAUCUUGCUUUGGAAAGCAUCCUCUCUCUCAAGGAAAAUCAAGGGAUGAAAAGAAAAAUAUCGAAUAAAGUUCCUACAGGGGGUCAGCCUUACUUUCUUCAUCUAAGGCAGAGUCAAAAGUCUGGCAACAAACCAAGUUCUGUAGGCCAGGAAGGGAACGCUGGUGACGGCUUCCUCAGGACAAGGCGGUGCUCCAUGUCCUCUCUGCACCUGUCGCUCCCAAACGAAGGAAGUGCGAGCCUGAAGAGCAAGAGAGGAGGGGCACUGCUGGAGAACAGGGAGACGUUAGCGGCCCCCUUUACUGUGCAGAAGGCCCCUGGUUCCGUCAGGUCUGAAGCCAAGAUCCCUGCGAAAGGCAAAGAUUCAAGAGGAAGCCCAGGCCAGCCCAAGAUCGCCUCAGGAGGCUCGCUGGUCCUGAGGCGUCUGAUGGCAGAGCACCUGCAUGGUGCUGGUAGCAGUCAAGACAAGAGAGGAGCAGGCCUCCUUGAACACAGCCAGAUGCCCCCAGAAUCUGCUGCAGGGAACUGCAAGCUGCAGACACCCCAAGGAACUGUCGCCAAGAGAAAACCUUGUAUGAAGUUUGUGGAAUAUAAUACAGCGAGGCUGGUCAUGGAGGGCUGCAAUCCCUUUGCCCCCUGCCUAUCGAAAGCCGAGUGCAGGUACAGGCAGUACUGCAAGCAUGUGGCAAGCCGGAAGGAGGCCGCCCUGGCUCGGGGUGAAGCUUCAGAAGUCGGCAGGGAGCCUUGGCCCGAAGGAGACGGCGGCUCUCGGGCAGCACAGAAGACGUUUGCUCGGCUGCGGUCCCCAGACCCCCCUCCCCCUCCCCCCUCCCCCCUCUUUGAGAGCAGCAAUGAUUCUCCUCUCGGUUGCACUUGAAUCCAACGGGUGGGAUGGGGCAGCUGUGUAAUCAGUAGCCAACUCCAGGGAUGGUUGUUUCUAUUUAAAAAAAGGGGGGGCAGACUCUUGAGCUUAGAACCAUUAAAAUUCCAGCUUCCUCACUCCGUGCCUCUCUGACCCUUGUCUCCAAAAGAAAGUGUCGUAAGAAUAGCUUUUUCUAAUAAUCCAAAGGUGGGAUGGUUGAUGGCCAGAAACACAACACAGGCUGUAAGAAGACAGAUGCAGUGCUUGGAUUAAGGCGCACCUGAAGACAACUCAAUUUUAUGCAUUAGAACAGAAGAUAAUUCAAAAGCAAAGCACGUU